ACUUGUCUCCCGGUAGAAACGGAGCGGAGAGUUGGUGAACAGUCUGGAUCAGAGGAUCAGAGUCGCUUUGGGGGACUAGUGAGCUUCUCUGUCUGGAGGAGAGCUGCAGGAGCCAGGAAACAUAUGAUCUGAGAAGGUGUGUCUUGCCCUCCUGUCUGCUGCUUCCAGGAUGCAGUUCUCAGUCAGACUGAGCUUCUGCCUGCUGGGCUUCGUUCUCGUCUCUCUGUUUCCUCAGCCAGCGCGGGGUCAAGUUUCAUCGCCGCGGAGAUUUCGUGCCAAAGUCCUGAGUCCCACCAAGCUGCACGUGACGUGGAAAGAGCCGAAAGGACAGUUUGAAAGCUACAAGGUCAUUUACACCACACGACCAGGUGGAGAGCAGAAGGAGACUCAGGUAUCGAAGCAGGAAGCAAAGCUGCUCAUCGAUGACUUUGACCCCUCUAAAGAAUACAACUUUAAGAUAAUUGCAGUCGGUGGAGGACAGCAGAGUAAACCUCUCCAGGCCAAACAUGAAGCUCAGCAAUCAGGAGUCGAGGCGGUUCGGUCUCAGAGGAGACAAGACAGCGGUGCCACCGAGAACAACGAGAACAACGAGAACAACGAGAUCUCAGAAGGUGAAGAGGACUUUAUGUGUAAGACUUCAUCCAUAUCUGACAUCGUUAUUCUGGUGGAUGGCUCCUGGAGUAUCGGCCGCAUCAACUUCAGGCUGGUCAGGACGUUCCUGGAAAACCUGGUCAAAGCCUUCUCUGUGGAGUUUGACCAUACCAGGAUCGGCCUGGCUCAGUACAGCGGAGACCCGAGGAUCGAGUGGCAUCUGAACACUCACACCACCAAAGAGGCCGUGAUGGAGGCUGUGAAGAACCUGCCGUAUAAAGGAGGAAACACACUGACAGGUCUGGCUCUGACCUUCAUCUUGGAGAACAGCUUCAAACCCGAGUCUGGAUCCAGGCCCGGCGUUCCCAAGAUAGGAAUCCUCAUCACUGACGGGAAGUCCCAGGAUGAUGUGAUCCCGCCUGCACAGAGCCUGAGGGAAGCUGGGAUAGAGCUGUUUGCUAUUGGUGUGAAGAACGCUGAUGAGAACGAGCUGAAGGCUAUCGCCUCUCCUCCUGAGGAAACUCACGUCUACAAUGUGGCGGACUUCAGCGUGAUGAGCGACAUCGUGGACGGACUCACCAAGACCGUCUGCGAGCGCGUGGAGCAGCUCGACAAGCAGCUCAGAGGGGGAGGAGACCCUGCCCCCCCGCCCACCUCUGUGGCACCGCCCCGCGACCUGGUGACGUCUGACAUCACGGCUCGCAGUUUUCGGGUGAGAUGGACUCACGCGCCGGGCCAGGUGGAGAAAUACCGAGUGGUCUACUAUCCAGCCAGCGGAGGACAGCCAGAUGAAAAGGUGAUCCAGGGGACGGAGAACAGCGUGGAGCUCAACUACCUGAACUCUCUGACAGAGUACCAGGUGGCCGUGUUCGCCGUCUACCGCAGCUCAGCCAGCGAGGCCCUGAGAGGAAGUGCUACCACAUUGGCGCUGCCGAUGGUGAACGACCUGGAGUUGUACGAUAUCACUCACAGCACCAUGAGGGUCCGCUGGAAGAUCGCCGCCGGUGCUUCUGGGUACAUGAUCCUGUACGCGCCGCUGACGGAGGGAGACGCUGCGGACGAGAAGGAGGUGAAGGUAGAGGACUCUGUGAACGAGGUGGAGCUGGAGGGACUGACCCCGGACACGGAGUACACGGUGACGGUUUACGCCAUGUAUGGAGAGGAGGCCAGCGACCCCAUGACCAGCCAGCAGACCACACUACCGCUGACUCCGGCAACGAACCUGCGUUUCUCAGACGUGGACCACAGCUCCUCCCGGCUCACGUGGGACUCCGCCUCCAGGAAGGCCAAAAGCUACCGCAUCAUGUACGUCAAGACCAACGGAGUCCAGACCAACGAGGUGGAUGUUGGCCGUGUGACUACCUGGUUGCUAAGAAACCUGACCUCGCUGACGGAGUACACAGUUGGUGUUUUCGCCCUCUACGACGAGGGACAAGCUGAGGCCGUGACCGACAGCUUCACCACAAAGACCGUCCCGGACCCGCCGGACCUGAGGAGCAGUGACGUCUCCACAGACAGCUUCAGGGUGUCAUGGCAACACCCGGCAUCUGAUGUGGUGCUGUACCGACUCACCUGGACGCCCACAGACGGAGGAGACAGUGAUGAGGUUCUGGUGAACGGAAACAUUAACACCUACCUGAUAAAAGGACUCAGCACGCUCACAGAGUACGAAGUCCUCAUCGCUGCAAUCUACGGCAACGAGGUGGAGAGUGACGAGAUGAUCCUCGUGGAGUCCACCCUUGAAAGAACGACCACGAUCGCUACGAAGACCACCACCUUAGCAACUCCUCGUUACGGGGUGAGGAACAUGAGGAUCGAUGAAGAAACCACCUUCAGUAUGCGGGUGUCCUGGCAGCCCGUGGAAACCAGGAACGUCCGACAUUAUCGACUGAGCUACAUCAGCGCCAAGGGAGACCGAGCAGAGGAGCAGAGGACGGUGCCCUCGGGUCAGAGCGCCCUGGUUCUGCAGCCUCUGCUGUCGGAUACAGAGUACAAAAUCACCAUCACUCCUGUUUACACUGAAGGAGACGGGCCGACGGCGUCGCGAAUGGGACGAACACUUCCUCUGUCGGCUCCUAAGAACCUGCGGGUAUCAGAGGAAUGGUACAACCGCUUCAGGAUCAGCUGGGACGUUCCACCUUCUCCCACCAUGGGCUACCGGGUCGUCUACCAGCCUGUCUCUGCUCCUGGAUCAGCUCUGGAGACCUUCGUGGGAGAGGACGUGAACACCAUGCUGAUCGUCAACCUGCUGAGCGGGACGGACUACAGUGUCAAGGUCAUCGCCUCCUACACCACUGGAUCCAGCGAGGCGCUUUCAGGGAAGGCCAAGACCUUGUAUCUGGGGGUGGUCAACAUGAACACGUACCAGGUGAGGAUGACCAGCUUUUGCGCCCAGUGGCAGCCUCAACGACACGCCAGCACCUACAGAGUGAUGAUCGAGUCUCUACUCAAUGGUCAGAAGCAGGAGACGAAGCUGAGCGGAGGAAGCAACAGACACUGUUUCAACAACCUGAAGGCCAACACGCAGUACAAGAUGAGCGUAUACGCUCAGAUGCAGGACGGGACUGAAGGGCCUGCAGUCACUGUUACUGAGAAAACACUACCCGUCCCGACCCCGGCACCGACCAAGCCCCCCACCACCACGCCACUACCCACAAUCCCCCCUCCCAAGGAAGUCUGUAAGGCGGCCAAAGCGGACCUGGUCUUCCUGGUUGACGGUUCCUGGAGUAUCGGUGAUGAAAACUUCCUGAAGAUCAUCCGCUUCCUGUACAGCACCACCGGAGCUCUGGACCAGAUCGGCCCGGAUGGCACACAGGUGGCCAUCGCUCAGUUCAGCGACGACGCCCGGACCGAGUUCAAACUGAACUCCUACGGCAACAAGGAGCGACUGCUGGACGCCAUCAACGGGAUCUCCUACAAGGGAGGAAACACCAAGACAGGUCGAGCCAUCCAGCAUGUGAAGGAACACAUCUUCACGACAGAAGGAGGAGUCAGGAGGGGGAUCCCCAACGUCCUGGUGGUCCUCACCGACGGACGAUCUCAGGACGACGUCAACAAGGUUUCCAAGGAGAUGCAGAUGGAAGGGUACAUUGUGUUUGCUAUCGGCUUCGCUGACGCCGACUACGGGGAGCUGGUGAGCAUCGCCAGCAAGCCCAGCGACAGACACGUCUUCUUCGUGGACGACCUGGACGCCUUCACGAAGAUCGAAGAGAAGCUGGUGACCUUUGUGUGUGAGGCCGCCACUGCCACUUGUCCGUCGGUACCGAUGAGCGGCAGCACGACACCAGGUUUCCGUAUGAUGGAGCUGUUCGGGCUGGUGGAGAAUCGGUACGGCAGCGUCUCUGGCAUCUCCAUGGUACCCGGCACCUUCAACACCUUCCCCUGCUUCCACCUGCACAGCGACGCUUUCCUGGCACAGCCGACCAGGUACAUCCAUCCUGAAGGGCUGCCGUCUGACUACACCAUCACCCUGCUGUUCAGGCUGCUGCCCGACACCCCCGAGGAGCCCUUCGCCCUCUGGGAGAUCCUCAACAAGAACAACGAGCCGCUGGUGGGAGUCAUCCUGGACAACGGAGGAAAGACUCUGACGUUCUUCAACAACGACUACAAAGGAGAGUUCCAGACGGUCACCUUCGAAGGGCCAGAAAUCAAGAAACUCUUCUACGGCAGCUUCCAUAAGCUUCACAUUGCAAUCAGCAAGACGAGCGCCAAAGUGGUGAUCGACUGCAAAAUGGUGGACGAGAAACCCAUUAACGCAGCAGGAAACAUCACCAUCGACGGAAUGGAAGUUCUGGGCAGGACGGUCCGCUCCAGAGGGAACAAGGACAACUCUGCACCGUUCCAGCUUCAGAUCUUCGACAUCGUCUGCAGCACUUCGUGGGCCGGCAGAGACAAGUGCUGUGAACUUCCUGGUCUGAGGAAGGAGGCAGACUGCCCGGCCAUGCCCAAAGCCUGCACCUGCACCCAGGACAGCAAAGGACCCCCCGGCCCUGCUGGACCACCAGGCGGCCCAGGAAUCAGAGGAGCCAGAGGUGAUCGCGGCGAGCCCGGCCCGGUGGGGCCGACCGGACCAGUAGGUGAUACAGGUGUACCAGGACCUCAGGGACCUCAAGGACCACAGGGACCCAGUGGACGCUCCAUCAUAGGACCCCCAGGUGGUCAAGGAGAGAGAGGACAGAAAGGUGAAGCUGGACAACAAGGAGCACAGGGAGUCGCUGGCAGAGCCGGAGCUACAGGUAGAGAAGGACCUGCAGGAGUCAGAGGCCUGCCAGGCAAAGACGGCCCGCCGGGCAGACAGGGUACAUCAGGAACUAUUGGGACACCAGGAGCCCCGGGGUCCCCGGGUGUUACCGGCAAUUCAGGAAAACAGGGAAACCUGGGACCACCGGGUCUUCCUGGGGGCAAAGGGGAGAAAGGUGAACGGGGUGACCUCCAGUCGACAGCAUCGGUUCAGACCAUCGCCAGGCAGGUCUGUGAGCAGCUCAUCCAGAGCCACAUGGCACGCUACAACUCCAUCCUGAACCACGUGCCCAGUCCGCCGGUGUCCAUCCGUACGGUGCCGGGACCCCCCGGAGAGGCCGGCAGACAGGGAACACCAGGACCCCAGGGAGAACAGGGACCAUCAGGAAGACCCGGCUUCCCGGGACAGAACGGUGUGAACGGGCAGCCAGGAGAGAGAGGUCCAUUAGGAGAAAAGGGUGAGAAAGGAUCUCAAGGCGUUGGAGUCCAAGGCCCCAGAGGACCUCCAGGACCCCCCGGUGCCCAGGGGCAGGGUCGAUCCGGCAGCCAGGGGUCGUCAGGGCGACCUGGAAAUCCGGGAACGCCUGGUCGGCCCGGGGUCCCUGGAACCGUCGGCUCCGCCGGGCCUCCGGGCUACUGCGACCAGAACUCCUGUGUGGGCUACAACGUUGGAGAGGGUGAGGAUGUCAUUGACCGCGGCGCUGUCCCCGCAGUCCAACUGCCGUCCAACGUCUUCCAGAACUACGGCGAGGCAGAGGAGGAUGACCCCUACCGCUACUACGAGCCCAACUACCCGGCCCCGCGGCCCGUGGCGCCCCAUGACCCGGCGUUCGCCCAGGACGACCCGUCUCGCCGCAGCUCCCGGAGCGUGGAGGGAGAGGAGGGGAGAGUCGGGCCGAAGAGGAGACUAAAGAGAGUAGCGAAGACGCUGCCCGGACUAAUUAAAUGAGAGGAGGCGAUUGGAGGACGGAGGGCCGCUCGCUGUUUCUGAUUGGGCGGUUUGGAGCCGUUACGGACUAAUCAACAAGUGCCUGAUGUAGAGGAUUUCUUAAGGACAUUGUCGAGGGGACGGGGUGGGGGGGGGUUAUCAGGUCGGGACUAUUUCAACUCAUCUAUGCUUCUGAAUUAACGUCAAGAAAACAGGUUUAUGUUGUUUUUGUUAUUUUUUGUCUUCAGCUAAACUGGUUUUAUAUAAAAGACGCCGCUCCGUCAACACGUCAAUACGUCAACACGUCAACACGUCAACACGUCAACACGUCAACACGUCAAAGGUUCUCAAACAUUUUGUCAUCAGAUUAGAGGAAAGUAGCCGGUCCUGUUUUCAGGCUGCAGCUCUGCUGUUUGGUUAAAGUGCCUCCUGAUCGUCCUGCGAGAAUAUUCUGGAAGAAAUGCAGCAAAGCAUUUAUACACAAGAGACACGUUAUAGACACGUUACAGACACGUUACAGUAAACGAACGAGCAACGCUGUCACUUCUUUAUGUUUUUAUAUCUUUAACGCUUCACUUCAACCUUUAACUUUUUAGGACCGCAGAGCUCUCAGAAAACAUCAUGACACAUAACAUUUAAAAUUGUAUACAUCAGUUAAAACUGGAAAAUGUAAUCUAGCUGUACCUCGAAGGUGUGUAGAGAUUACCAGAGGUGGGACCAAGUCAUUGUUUUGCAAGUCACAAGUAGGUCUCAAGUCUUUGCACUCGAGUCCCAAGAAAAGACUGGUGAGUCCCAAAUCAAGUCCCAAAUCUAACUUUAACUAGACUUUGAGGUGUGUUUCCUAAAUGAGUCCUAAUGUGCUCUUUGCAAAGUCACAAAUAAGUCUCAAGUCUUUGCACUCGAGUCCUGAGUCAGUACUGACGAGUCGCAAAUCAAGUCCCAAUUCAAGACUGACAAAUCCCAAAUUAAUCCCAAAUCAAGACUGACAAGUCCCAAAUUAAGUCCCAAUUCAAGAUUGACAAGUCCCAAAUCAAGUCCCAAAUAAAGUCCCAAGUCAAUACUGACAAGUCCCAAAUCAAGUCCUCACUCAAGACUGACGAGUCCCAAAUCAAGUCCUAACUCAAGACUGAGGAGUCCCAAGUCAAGACUUUCGAGUCCCAAAUCAAGUCCUAACUCAAGACUGAGGAGUCCCAAGUCAAGUCCAAAGUCAAGACUGACGAGUCCCAAAUAAAGUCCCAAGUCAAGACUGACGAGUCCCAAAUUAAGUCCCAGGUCAAUACUGACAAGUCCCAAAUCAAGUCCCACAUCAAGACUGACAAGUCCCAAAUAAAGUCCCUAGUCAAGACUGACAAGUCCCAAAUAAAGUCCCAGGUCAAGACUGACAAAUCUCAAGUCUCACUGUGACUGGAGUGGAGGGACUGUAAACUACAUCAAUUAAAAAUGGAAAAUGUAUUUUAUAAAAGAUAUAAAAUCUAUAAAUGAUUGGACCUGAAACACAGAUUAAACCUGCGUCUUAACUCUGAUUCUUUAACCUUCAUGUGUUUGUUUUAACGGCUCCUAAACUCUGCAACCAGGUCGUUUCCAUCUUCACAACUGAAACAAACAAACGUUUAUUUAUAUAAAGUUUUGCAUGUUUUCCAUUUAUCAUGUGAUGUAUGAUAUUUUUAAUCUCAUAGAGCCAUAGACUCAUUUUACUGUUGCAUAUAAAGAUCUUUUAUUGUUGUUGUUAUUGUUUCAGUAUUAAACUCAGACUGAUGUGUAUUUGAGAAGGUUGAUGAAAAGAAAACAAAAGCUGAUGUAAGAGUUGAGAGUUAUUAUAUUUCUUAGUAAAUGUAUUUUUAGUUGUCAGGUUUCUGGAUCUCGUUGUAACCGACAGAAGCUGUUUGGUCGUGUUGUCGUCGAUGGAGAGACAAUUAAACAGAGAUUAGAAGGGAAAGAUGAAUUUAUUUUCAAUCUGUUUUCUUAUUUUUAUUUUGGUUUUGUCUUCGAUUGAUCUGCCUCCAUUUUUAACAUUUAUUAUGAAGCUAAUUUAAGUUGAACUGGAACGUCAUCUUGUUCCAGCACGAAGCUCUUUGGAUUCAUUUUUCAUAUUUUAUGCAGAAACUGAUCUGAUAACAGAAAUACAACAUUCAAAGUUGAAGUGACUUUAUUAUACGUUCAAUUUCUUAAAUUAGUUUCACAGCUGGAGAUCAGUUAUAUAAAGGGAAGUCCUGUUAUUUGUUUAUCCACCCUGUGGACAUGAUGUUUUCUCUUUCAGAGUGAACUAAUUUGCCCAAAAAAUUCAAUCACACUUUUAAACUUUUCCAAAGAUCUUGGAAACCGUCAGAGUUUCUGAGGCCUUCAGGUCAGCGAGGAGUAGAAACAGGCCUUCAGGCCUCCGGCCGGUUUAAAGAAUGAAAUCAUGGAAGUAAUCUAUUUUUUACUUGUUAUUGAUUUUCUCAGAACAAUAAAACUCAAGUUACAACCGUC